AUGGACAUCAAAGGGGACAUCCUGCCGACCAAGGCGGCGGCAUCCUUCGGCUCCGCAGACUGGAAGACACCGUCGUCGAUGUUACUGGUGCAGCUGAUCGUCACAGCGAGUAUUCUGCUAUCCAAGGUCUCCAUCAACGGCGGAAUGUUCAUAUUUGCACUGUUAACCUACCGCAGCUUCGUUGGCGCCGUUUUCAUCCUGCCCUUCGCGCUCAUCUUCCAGAGGGAGAAGUGGAGGGAGGCAGGUUGGCACGCCAUGGGAUGGAUCUUCCUGAAUGCCUCCAUCGGGUAUGCGGUUCCAAUGAGCUUAUACUCCUACGGCCUUCUGGAUACCGCACCAGCUUAUUCAACUAUCUUUUUGAAUAUAGUUCCUCUCGUAACCUUCAUCCUCUCCAUCUUCUUAAGAUUGGAGACACUACGAAUUGGUACCGUGGCUGGAUUACUGAAAAUUGGAAGCGUUCUUCUUUCGGUUGCUGGUGCGAUGGUCAUCAUCCUAAACAAGGGGAAGCGGCUUCAUAUCUGGGAUCCUAUUCUGGAGCAGCACAAGGAACAACAUACGGCCGAUAUUGCAGGCAAUCAGCUAAGAGGGACAAUCUACUUGGUAGGCAGCACCUUCGCCUAUGCUUGCUGGUUCCUUCUUCAGGCAAAGGUUCACAAGGUGUUCCCGUACAUAUAUUGGUCGUCCAUGGCAACAUGCUUGAUUGGAGGAUUUCAGACAGCACUUCUUGGAAUACUACUGAGACGAGACAUUAAUGCAUGGAAGUUGGGAUGGGAUCUGGACCUUGUGAAUGUUUUGUUCUCCGGGGCACUUGGAACAGCAGGGAGAUAUAGUCUCAACUCGUGGGCCGUUUCUAGAAGAGGCCCGGCAUAUCCCCCUAUGUUCAGCCCAUUAUUGCCGGUAUUCACGAUGUUGUUGGACUCCAUCUUCAUUGGUCACGAUAUUAAAGCGGGAAGCCUCAUCGGCACAAUCACGGUCGUCGUUGGACUCUUCAUUUUUUUAUGGGCAAAAUCAAAAGAAGUACGAGACGAAGAGAUCAUAAAAGAAGCAGCCAUUUCAUAG